AGUGUGCACGAUUGCUGAUGCUGCACUUGGGUGCAGGGUGGCGGUAGCGAGUCGCCUCCCCCCACCCGCGAUGUGUGCAUGAGAGAGAGCGAGUGUGUGUGUGCGUGUGUGUGUGUGUAUGUGUGUGUCGCGCUCUCCACUAUAUCGAAGAUGGCGGUGUCCGUGUUUCCCGGCGUGCGGCUCCUCUCGAUCGGAGACGCAAACGGAGAGAUACAGCGACAUUCUGAACAGCAGCCGCUACGGUUGGAGGUGAAAACCACACCAGACGCAGCCCUGAUAAAUCUCUCCAACACAGAGGAAACAUGCGUGUUCAAGUGCUCGUUGUCGCGGGAGACGGAGUGCAGCCGUGUGGGGAAGCAGUCCUUCAUCAUCACCCUGGGCUGCAACAGCGUCCUCCUGCAGUUCUCCUCUCCUGCAGAUUUCUCCUCCUUCUAUAACAUCCUGAAGAACUGCCGCGGCCACAGCUCAGAGAGAUCAGUGUUCAGCGAGAGGACAGAGGAGUCCUCUGCUGUCCAGUACUUCCAGUUUUAUGGCUACCUCUCCCAGCAGCAAAACAUGAUGCAGGACUACGUGCGGACUGGAACAUAUCAGCGAGCCAUUCUCCAGAACCACACUGACUUUAAGGACAAGGUGGUGCUGGAUGUGGGCUGUGGCUCGGGGAUCCUCUCCUUUUUCGCGGCUCAGGCGGGGGCCAGGAAGGUGUACGCGGUGGAGGCCAGCACCAUGGCGCAGCACGCCGAGGUCCUGGUCAACAGCAACGGGCUGAAGGACCGGGUGGAGGUCAUCCCCGGCAAGGUGGAGGAGGUGUCCCUCCCCGAGCAGGUGGACAUCAUCAUCUCCGAGCCCAUGGGCUACAUGCUCUUCAACGAGCGCAUGCUGGAGAGCUACCUGCACGCCAAGAAGUUCCUCAAACCAAACGGUAACCUCUUUCCCACCAUCGGUGACGUGCACCUGGCGCCCUUCACAGACGAGCAGCUCUACAUGGAGCAGUUCACCAAGGCCAACUUCUGGUAUCAGCCGUCCUUCCAUGGUGUGGACCUCUCUGCCCUGCGCGGAGCUGCUGUAGACGAGUAUUUCCGCCAGCCCAUUGUGGACACCUUCGAUAUGCGGAUCCUGAUGGCCAAGUCUGUGAAAUACACCGUCAACUUCCUGGAGGCCAAAGAGGGAGACCUGCACAGGAUAGAGAUCCCAUUCAAGUUCCACAUGCUGCAUUCGGGACUGGUUCAUGGGCUCGCCUUCUGGUUUGAUGUGGCUUUCAUAGGCUCAGCGAUGACCGUGUGGCUCUCCACGGCCCCCACGGAGCCGCUGACCCACUGGUACCAGGUCCGGUGUCUGCUGCAGUCGCCGCUCUUCACCAAGGCUGGGGACACGCUGUCCGGCACCGCCCUGCUCAUCGCCAACAAGAGACAGAGCUACGACAUCAGUAUCGUAACCCAAGUGGACCAGACGGGCUCCAAGUCCAGCAACCUUCUGGAUCUGAAGAACCCCUUCUUCAGGUACACAGGCAGCACCCCUGCCCCCCCAGCAGGCUCACACUACAGCUCCCCCUCCGAAAAUAUGUGGAGUACUGGAGGGGCCUACAGCAUGAACCAGGGCAUGGCUGUGUCAGGAAUGCCUACAGCCUAUGAUCUCAGCACUGUCAUUGGCAGCGGGUCCACUGUCUCUCACAACAACCUCAUCCCCCUCGUGAACACAGGGAUAGUGAACCACACCCACUCCAGAAUGGGCUCCAUCAUGAGCACAGGAAUCGUCCCGGGUGAGUGUGCCCCCCCCCAUCCAGGGGGCCUCGACGGGCCAGUCCGGCCCCAGCAGCAGCAGUCCCCACUACCCAGUCAACAGCCAGUUCACCAUGGGCGGGCCACCCAUCUCCAUGGCGUCCCCUAUGGCCAUCCCUAGCAACACCAUGCAUUAUGGGAGUUAAGACCUUUUUGACCUUUCACCUCUCACUCCCUCAACUGACGGCAGCCAGAAGAAAAACCAAAACCGACUACGUCCCCGUCGCCGCCGCCCUCCCCGUCGUGUGCCCUCAUCUUUCGGUCCCUCGAUCGCCCUCGCCGUUCGACCCUGUAGUCUUCAACUCCUCCGCCGUCCCCUCGUUUCUUUUCCAUUCUUAGGCAGGCCACAAGGUGGCAGCACUUCCUUGCUGAUGGACGCGUACCGAAGAGACUGUCGCGUGACGCAAGAGGACGCACACGCACGCGCGCCGUUCUCUGCUCUCACAGAAUGCUACUGUGCUGUGACUAUAAAACGUGUAACGUGUGCGUGCACACACACACGCGCGCGUGUGCGCACAAGACGUGAAACACAGAGCUGGACUCAAGACGGCGUUCCCGGCAGUUCUGGAAGAGCUGAGGAACGUCUCCCGCUAGCUCUUCCUCGGACUCCCAGCAUGGCCUGGUCACCAACGGAUCCUUUCCCUCCUCUGCUGUGAACUUUGACCCUGGCCCUCAACCACCCCCCCACCGCCCCAUUAUUACAUGGAGCAGAGAACUGUGAUCGCGACAGUGAUUAUAAUCCAGCAUUUUCCUCCAUCCCUGGACACCUGACUUGAGACAGACUGAGUGACACUUGUAUAGUACCUCUUCUCUCCCUAGUGUUUGAUUUUGCCAUGCCAAGUUUACCUCUAGCUUAGCAAAGAAAAAACAAGACUCCUGUCUAAAAAUGCACCUCUCGAACUGCCUGUAGAAUCCAGUCUUUUUAAAAUCAAACUGCCUGUUCCCACCAAACCCCACUCUUUCCACUGCCCCCCCACUCAGUGUAGUUGUCUAUUUAGAGCACAAGUUGCUGCAAAUUAAAACAUCUGUGCUUUCUCCUUCGCUCCCUCCCUCUCCCGGACUUGAUUUGCAGAGCAGUCAGCCAGUGGGCUCUGGAAACAAAGCAGUGGAAGGCCGGGCCUCAGCCAAUGAGAGUACAGGAAUCAAGCUGCUUUUUUUUUUUGGAGAGGUGAUCUUGGCCAGUCAAAAUGAAGAGGGAGCAGGAGAAGGCGGAACUGAGUUUGGGCUAUGAGGACUGAGUGCUACUCUGGAGCAGGUGCAAUUCUUAGUCAACCGUUUUGUAGUUUACAACCCUGCCCCCUCCUCCCCCUUUAUACCUCUAAGACUGAAACUAGUGUGGUGCUGCUGGUGCUCUGUCAUACCCCCCCCCCAUCUCCCCCACCCAAAAAAAAAAACCUCAGAAUUCCACCCAACCUCCCCUGCUUCCUCGCCCCCCACACAGGCAGUGUUGUUUCCCGAGUUAUGGACAAAGGACAGACAAGCAAAACUGUACGUUGCUUCCGGUCAUAGGUAUGAAGACUUCGUUCAGUUCGGGUUUAGCAACUUUUAAAGAGAAAAUGAAACGUCUCUGCUAGUUUGUAGACUUGAAUAAUUUCUUUUUUGUCUUUUUUUUUUCUUUCACAAAAAAGAUACACAAAAAAAAGCAAAAAAAAAAAAAAAGGAGCAAAUUAAAUGUUGGUGGAGAAUUCCCUCUGAAA